AUUAGUUUUAUAAAUACUGCUCAGUCUUCAGCGGACAACAUUUAAAAUGGAAUUUCUCGGUAAAACCUACAUAAAAAAUAAAGAUGAGAAUUUCAAAGAAUUUCUGGAGAGUUUAGGUUUGGCCGAGGAUAAAGUGAAAGCUCUUCUCUCGUUCGAUCAAAAAAAUUGCCUUAAAAAGGAUGGUGACGACUACCUUAUGGUCUUCGACAAUGCUGACGGUGAAAAAGUGCUUAAAUUCAAAAAUGGUGUUGAGUUCGACGAGGAGAUCACUCCUAUUGUUAAUUCAAAAACGACAUUCACCCUCGAUGGCAACGUUCUCCAUCAAAUCCAAAACUUAGGAACUGUAAUUAUAAACAUUAAAAGGGAUUUCUCUGCGGACCAACUCGUCAUGACAGUUACAACAAACCUAUGGGACGGCACUGCACGCAGAUAUUUCAAGCGAAUGUAAAUAAUAAUAUUUAAUUUAUUUAUUUGAAUACAGCCUGAACUUUAUUCUGUGUUA